AUGCAAUUUUUUACCUCCCUCGUGGCGCUCAGCGCCCUCGCAAUCCCCGCAACUGCAGUCCCGCACGCAGCCCGAGACACGCAGUUCAAAUUCCCCUCCCACUGCUACCCAAACCCCUGCGCAAACAUAACCUCAACAAACGCAACCUACGUCUGCGGCGACUCACGCCUCGGCCCGGUCGUACCACCCAAGAAAUUCCCACUACGCAACGAACUCCGCACCUACGCACGCUUCGGCAACCUCUGCCCAGCCGAAUUCCUCACCAAAUGGGCCGGCUCAACCUCGGCGGAGCAAUGGUACCAAUACCCACCGUCCAACGGCUUCGUCGAAAACACAGCCGGCCAGGCGAUCAUCGGCAACACCACACUGCCAGUCGGACAAAAGGUCGACCGGUUCGGCUCGGAAUAUGGCACCUUCCUUGCCCCGCUGGGCGCACCGUAUAUUGAGCGUUCGCUGCCGCCCUCGAACCUUGAUACCUUUGAUGGGGAUUAUCCGUAUAAUUACUAUGUGUACCAGGUGACAAAGAGUUUUGUUGUGGGAUUGGGGCCUAUUGCGCCUUGGUUUGAGCAGCCCGGUAUGGGAACGCAGUUUGUUACGUAUACUAAUGUUAAGGGGUUGAUUGAGGAGGGCUAUUUGAGGAGGCUUAAGCCUGAGGAGUAUGAUGAAAGGGUUGAGUUUUCGAAUGGGUAUACGCCUGGUCCGGGGAAUUCGACUGCUUAG